UCCGCGCUCGCGCACGAAAUCCAUUUACAGUCCGGUAGUACAGAGGGCCCGGUCGGUACUCUGCUCCGUCAGUCAAACAAUCCACUCGAUUAAAGCCUCGGACAAACGUUAAACCGUGUUGAGAGCGGCGACGGCGGCGGUCCCUUGGUGAAACACUCUGACAGAGCAGGAGCGGUUUGGAGAGGAAGAAUGGCGGAUUCGAGCAGCACCGCAGCAGUCGGGGCCGCAGGCUCCAACAGCGCUGCUGCUGCCGGGGCGGCUGGCACUGUUGCGCAUGAUGGAGCGCCCGGAGCAGCGGGACCCAAGACCGGGUCCGAGUCCGUGAAGGGCCAGAUAUUCGAUGUGGGCCCCCGUUACACGAACCUGUCUUACAUCGGGGAGGGGGCGUACGGAAUGGUGUGCUCUGCCAUGGACAACAUGACGAACCAGCGUGUUGCCAUCAAGAAAAUCAGCCCUUUUGAGCACCAGACAUACUGCCAGCGCACACUGAGGGAAAUCAAGAUCCUGCUGCGUUUCCACCAUGAGAAUAUCAUCGGCAUCAACGACAUUCUCAGGGCACGGCACAUUGACAACAUGAGGGAUGUCUACAUCGUGCAGACUCUGAUGGAGACGGACCUGUACAAGCUGCUGAAGAGCCAGAGACUGAGCAACGACCAUGUCUGCUACUUCCUCUACCAGAUCCUGCGAGGCCUCAAGUACAUUCACUCAGCCAAUGUCUUGCACCGUGACCUCAAACCCUCCAACCUGCUCAUCAACACCACCUGCGACCUCAAGAUCUGCGACUUUGGCCUGGCACGGAUAGCCGACCCCGAGCACGACCACACAGGUUUCUUGACUGAGUACGUGGCUACGCGUUGGUACAGGGCUCCAGAAAUCAUGCUCAACUCAAAGGGCUACUCUAAGUCCAUCGACAUCUGGUCAGUGGGCUGCAUCUUGGCUGAGAUGUUGUCCAACAAGCCUAUCUUCCCUGGGAAACACUACUUGGACCAGCUCAACCACAUACUGGGCGUCCUUGGCUCUCCAUCUCAAGAAGAUCUGAACUGCAUCAUCAACAUGAAGGCGAGGAAUUACCUGCAGUCCCUGCCUGAAAAACCCAAGAUCCCCUGGGAGAAGCUCUUCUACAAGGCGGACUCUAAAGCUCUGGACCUGCUGGGCCGCAUGUUGACCUUUAACCCCAUCAAGCGUAUCAGCGUUGAGGAGGCCCUGGCUCAUCCCUACCUGGAGCAGUACUACGAUCCCACAGAUGAGCCAGUAGCAGAGGAGCCCUUCACCUUCUCCAUGGAGCUGGACGACCUUCCCAAGGAGAAGCUGAAGGAACUGAUCUUUGAGGAAACGGCUCGUUUCCAGGAAACCUACCAGGGCUCCUGAGACACACAGCCCUAAAGAGUGACAAAGCCAUGCAGAGGCUCGGAACAAGAAGACUCCAAAUGACAUGCUAAAACAAAAAGAAAAAGGAAUCUUCAAGAAACCAACAAAAAGAGAAAACAAGAAAUAUGAACAUUUAACUGCUUAUCUUUCCAUUUCUACUGCAAGAGAGAGCUAAGUUUAACUUUGAUUUCUGUGGUUGGGUGGGGUGGUAGGGUCUGUCGUACUCAUACUGUUUCAGUUUUGUCCAUGUUGGACUCUCCCUCCUCUCGCCUCACGUUUGCCUCCAGUCAAAUGUCCCGACUCCCACUGUCCCAUCUGCCGUAACUCACUGCUCCUCUCCUCUCCUCUCCUCUCCUCUCCUCUCCUCUCCUCUCCUCAUCACACUCCUUUGUUCAUCUCUCCUGCUCCUGUCGCUGAUCUGUCUGUCGCUCCUUCUCAUAUAAACACAUACUACUGUAUUAACCAACACCAUAACUCUCUUGUCUUGCUCCAUGUAAAUUACAACCUGGAAAAAUUGAGGGCUAAAAGAACGGGGAUGUUAAUCGGGUGUGUGUAUGUAUAUACAAAAAUAUAAAAGCUUUUUUUUCUUU